AUGAAAGACGGAAACAUCAACAUGACAAAGCAAUUAAAAACAAAUUCCACGAGGAUUGUUCGAAUUCCCAAAAACAAAAUCAUCGCUAAUGUUUUGAGCCGGAUGCUCCCAACUUUGAUCUAUUUUACAUUAAGAACGCUAAGAAUUUUAUGUUCGUUUGUUUUCCAACCCAGAAGUAAACCUUCAAAUCUUGAGAGAAUUAUUGGUGAAAAAUUAAAUUCAUUCAUGGGAAUGUUUAUUCUUUAUUCUUCUUAUGUGAAAUGUGGAUGUAUAUUGGACUUUAGAGUGGAUACAUUUAGUUGGGGGAGGAUUAGAAAAAUCACUUUAACUAUUUAUCCUCAUUUUCCUGUGACGAGACUUUUAGGUAGUUUCAAAAUCAUUAUUUUUGUUGAAAAUGUUCCAAAAAUAACAUUCUGCAAAAACUUAAGAGCUUUAAGAAGAUUGAAAUUUUUUUGCAGACGUCAGAGAACUAUAAGGAAAAAGUUAACUAAAGAACUUCAAAUGCUUGACGAAAAAUUCUGA